UUACUUAUACUUUGUCCGGCCUCCACUGCAUUAGUGGAAAACAUUUACAAAUCACGAAGACACAAUAACAAUAACACAUUUCAAUCAAUUUUGUGUUAUAAUAAACAAAAGUAAUAUGUCCGAUCUCAGCAUUGGUGGUACUAAAGUGCAGCCGCAGCCUCCAGCACCAAGUGCAUUGGAGCCAUUUCGAAUUACAACAAACGCUCCUCAAGCACAAUUGGGUGAAGGAGUUCUGUCGCCUUAUAACACACCAGGCAGAAGAAAACUUCAAAAGUGGCUGGGCCGUGUCUUAAGGAUCGUUAUAACAGAUGGACGUGUCCUUGUAGGUUUCUUCAAUUGCACAGAUCGGGAUGCGAACAUUGUGUUGUCCAUGUGUGCGGAAUAUUUAAUUGAAGGACAAGAACCACGUCUGCUGGGUAAUGUUAUGGUGGCUAAAAAACAUAUAGUUUCAUUAAACAUCGAUGAACCAAGACCCCCGCCAAAUAUUGAAGUGUAAAAUAGGUUGGUUCUCAUCCGAUAAAAUUGUUAACUACUGUCAUUUUCAAUAAACAUACAUAGCACAUAUAAAUUACCUUAUAAUAAUUUUAUGUAAUGUGUAAUCACCAUAAGACAGUUAAUACGUUGAUUGAAGAGGUGAAUAAAGUAGAAGAUUUAUAUAAUGCAACGAUAUU